UUGACAAAACGAUGCAACCGUGCUUUUGUUUUGCUGAUUGUUUUUCCCGCCUAUUUAGUGGUCGACAAAUCGUUCUCGCGUAUUACGCGUGUUUAAGUAAUUUAGUGUAAUUAAUUUCUUUGUUAUACAAAUAAAUUUAGGCAUUUCAAAGUUGUGUUAAGCCACAAACACAUAUACAUACACAAUGACAGAGCAUUACAGUGAUGUGUCGAUCUCACCAAAGUCCAUCUCCUUAAAUACCAGCAAUAGCAGCGACAGUUGUUUUCGUUCACCUACUGAUUCGAACAGUACCUCAUCCAGUUUUCGUUCACGUUCCCCUUCACCAUUUGGCGUAUAUGAAGACGAAGAUUGUGUAAAUCUUUUAACAAAUAAACAAUUUCACGUUGAAAUCAGUGCACUUGCAAAUUCGGAAAAUAGUGAAGAAAGCAUAUUAGUCGAUGCUAAAAAUCGUAUUGUAAGUGUGGGGAAUAAUGAACUUUUAACCGAUCACGAAUUCCUCAUGAAUAUUGCACUACGCGCCUCCCUGCGCAGUGAUGAUCCGAAAACGAAGGUGGGCGCUUGCAUUGUGGAUCGUAAGCAACGCAUUAUUGGCAUCGGUUACAAUCAUUUUCCACCAAAUUACACAGACGAGCCGUAUCCGUGGUGCAAGGAUAAAGGGAAUAAGCUAAAUAAUAAACUCACCUAUGUUAUACACGCUGAAUCGGAUGCCAUCUUCUCUACACAAUCACCAGCUUUACGCGGUGCUACCAUAUACUCCACACUGAUGCCUUGCAAUGAGUGUGCGAAACUAAUCAUACAGUCGGGUAUACGCACAGUUUAUUAUCGUGAUGAAAAGAAUUUAGAGAAAUGGAUAUAUAAAGCAUCGCGACGCAUGUUCCAUGCCGCACGCGUCACAUUACAGCAGCUGGAGUGUAGUGCACAAGUAUAGUGUGCAAAGUUGAAAAAUAAUGCUUUCAAUAUUUUUGGUUUUUAAUUUUUUUUUUUUUGAAAUUACGUACGUGUAUACGCGUCGUAACCGAAAUACUUAAUUUUAUAUAAUAUAUGUAUUUACAUGAAUAACUUUUAGUUUUAAUCAUAAACUUAUUUCUUUUGCUUUCUCCGUGUUUUUCAAAUUUUAUUUAAUUAUUUUUGAAAUUCUACAUAUAUAGACUAUGUAAUAAGACUUCCAAAGAUACCAUUAAAUUAAGAAGUCAUUUCAUUAGUGAAAAUGUGUAUAAACGUAUAUUUUUUUAAAUAA